GUCGCGAGACUUGGGCGGCAAGCCGCCUCCGGUAGCUAGCGAUGGCGAGCCUGGGGACUGAGGCUGAGCGGGAGCCGCUGCUAGGCCCCCGCGCCCCCGGAAGCAGAGAAGCAGACGUUAUAGAAACUGAAGAACACUAUAGAAGCCGAUGGAGAUCUAUUAGGGUUCUGUAUCUUACUAUGUUUCUCAGCAGUGUGGGAUUUUCUAUUGUGAUCAUGUCAAUAUGGCCGUAUCUCCAAAAGAUUGAUCAGACAGCUGAUGCAAGUUUUUUGGGCUGGGUUAUUGCUUCAUUUAGUCUUGGCCAGAUGGUAGCUUCACCUAUAUUUGGCCUAUGGUCUAAUCAUAGGCCGAGGAAAGAACCUCUCAUUGUCUCCAUCUGUAUCUCGGUGGCAGCCAACUGCCUCUAUGCUUAUGUCCACAUCCCGGCUUCUCAUAAUAAAUACUACAUGUUGGUUGCUCGUGGAUUGGUGGGAUUUGGAGCAGGAAAUGUGGCAGUUGUUAGAUCAUACAUUGCUGGUGCCACUUCCCUUCAGGAAAGAACAAGUUCCAUGGCGAAUACAAGCACAUGCCAAGCAUUAGGCUUUAUUCUAGGUCCAGUUUUUCAGACUUGUUUUGCACUCAUUGGAGAGAAGGGUAUAACAUGGGAUGCGAUCAAGCUGGAGAUAAACAUGUACACUGCUCCGGUUUUACUUGGGGCCUUCCUGGGAGUUUUAAAUAUUAUCCUGAUCCUUACUGUAUUAAGAGAACAUCGAGUGGAUGACUCAGGACGACAGUGUAAAAGUAUUAAUUUUGAAGAAGCACACACAGAUGAAAUGCAGUUUCCCCAGGGAAGUAUUGACCAGGUUGCUGUUGUGGCCACCAAUGUUCUGUUCUUUGUGGUUCUAUUCAUCUUUGCCCUUUUUGAAACCAUUCUGACUCCAUUAACCAUGGACAUGUAUGCCUGGACUCAAGAACAAGCUGUGUUUUAUGAUGGGAUUAUACUGGCUGCUCUUGGAGUUGAGGCAGUUCUUGUUUUCAUGGGAGUUAAAAUACUUUCUAAGAAAAUUGGUGAGCGUGCUGUUCUUCUGGGAGGACUCAUCGUUGUGUUGGUUGGCUUCUUUAUCUUGUUGCCUUGGGGAAAUCAAUUUCCAAACAUUCAGUGGGAAGAUUUACAUAACAACUCAAUCCCUAAUACCACAUUUGGGGAAAUUAUUAUUGGUCUUUGGAAGUCUCCCAGAGAAGAUCACAGUGAAGGACCAACUGGCUGUCCAAUUGAGCAGGCAUGGUGCCUGUACACUCCCGUCAUCCACCUGGCCCAGUUCCUGGUGUCAGCUCUGCUCAUUGGAAUAGGCUAUCCAGCCUGCAACGUCAUGUCCUAUACUUUAUAUUCCAAAAUUCUCGGACCAAAGCCUCAGGUAUCACAGGGUGUGUACAUGGGCUGGCUAACAGCUUCUGGAAGUGCUGCUCGGAUUCUCGGGCCUGUGUUCAUCAGCCACGUGUACAGUUACUGGGGUCCGCGAUGGGCAUUCAGCCUGGUGUGUGGAAUCGUGCUGCUCACUAUCACUCUCCUGGCAGUGGUUUAUAAAAGACUCAUUGCGUUUUCUGUAAGGUAUGGGGGCAGUCAAGAGUAAAAGGGAUCAGAGUAGAACAACUUAAAAGGCACCGAAACUUCCUGCUGUGGGGCUCUGCUCCUGCCAGGAGCCAGUCUCUGAAAGUCAGGCUGGGGAGCCACUUAUUUUGACUGACAAGAGCACAGAUUGGAUAACAGAAGGAAUCUUACAGGGGAUUGAACAUGCUAGUGCUUGUGAGAACACUAAGAUUUGUAAGUUCUUUAUCUCAAAAAUGAAUUCCAGUAACACUUUUGAGGCUUUGUGUGAAUUAAUGAGAGGGUAGACAAUUAUACUCUUAAUAAAUGUAGGAAAUAAGUGUGAAACUAUGCUUUUUAAUAAAAACUGCACAGGUUUCAUGAAAAUACAGUAUCUAUGUAAUAGAACUAGAAGGUUAUAUAUGAAUUAGCUAUGGCAGAAUGAAAUUGUAGAUAUUUUUCUACUUAAAUAUUUUUAUUUGAUGGUAUUUUAUUUAAAAUAAAUUUUAUAUGAUCAGGUUUGCAUCUGGAAUAAAAAUCAAAAACCUUAAAUUCCUGUUUAACAGGCAUACAUUUUAUGUUGUCUUCAUUAAGUCCUAAUUUCACUUUUGCACCUGUCUGUUUUCAGUUUAGGAUUGCAGUAACACCCUACAUUAAUACAUGAGCAAGAACAAUGUUAGUUAUUUGACAAUAUAGUGCUAAUAUUUGAUCAUAAAGGGGAUUAAGAGAUCCAAAUCAAUUUCAAUAACUUAAUAGAGCUGACAACUUUUUUCUUUUAAGUGCUAAUCAAUGAUUUUUUAGAAAUUAACACAUAAGCCAGAUUAUGUUAUUGUAUAACUACUCUAAGCAAUAAAUGGUUUAUUAAAAUCACUAGUGUUGGGCCCAGUGAGAUAGCCUAAUGGCGAAAUUCUUGCUUUGCACAUACCAGGAUCCCAUACGGGCACUGGUUUGUA